UUGAGCUAUCAUGCUUUGUUCCACGGCUCUGGAAUUUUGUAUUCCAUUUUGUUUAAGGAAAAAGGCAGAGGCCCCAAACAAAGAAUCCCCUAAAGAAGCCAAGCCAUUCGGCCAACCUCCUCCUCCUCAAAGAUACUAGAGUUGAGAGUUUUUCUCUUUUUUCUCAACGCCUUUGCUGCUUAUUCAUCUAUAUCAUUUUCGAUCCAGAUCUUCUUCUCCUUCUCCUUCUCCUUCUAGCACUUCUGUUGGGGAAUUUCAGAGCACAGCAAAAUUCGCGAGCAAGUCUGUAUUUUGCUUCACUCUUCAAGAACAUGAACAGUGGACGAGAAGUCAGAAUUGUUAUGUAUUCGGAGUGACUUGCUUGGGUUUGUAGCUGGAUAUUGAAGCAUUGGGUUAUUGGGCUUGGCUUUAGUACUUGUUCAGAGGGCGUAAAAGUUACGUUUUUUAAUUGCUUUGAAGGAUUUUAUAUCUGGGAUUAGCUUUGUUUGUUAUAAGGAUCUGAGAAUUUUGGGUUUUUAGUUAUUGGAGGAGUUUUUGUGAAUUUUAUAAUUCGUAGGCUUCUGGGUUUCGGCGGAAUUAUAGGUUAUUGCAGUCAUGUUCUAUGGUGCUACUGUAUGGGACCCUUGGCUCAUUGUUGCCCAAAUUUUUUGCCUGCAAUGCUUAUACUAUCUCACUCUUGGGCUCUUAUUGUCCAUUCUUGUUGGAAGUCGUGUUUCCCGGAUGAGUCUCGUCUAUUUCUUUGACUAUGCUACCGUCAGUGCUUCCACAGUUACCGGGUGGUGUGUCAUAGCUUCAUUUCUGCUGAGUUCAUUUGCAGGAGCUGGAUAUCUGCUUCUUUUGAUUGAGAGGGCCAAGAAAUGCUUGGAUUUUGCAGCCACUGUCUACAUUGUCCAUCUCUUCAUGUGCAUCGUAUAUGGGGGUUGGCCUUCUUCAAUAACAUGGUGGGUUGUGAAUGGUACCGGAAUUGCAAUUAUGGCUUUACUAGGUGAAUAUCUGUGCAUUAGGCGUGAAUUACGAGAGAUUCCAAUUACACGAUACCGUUCAAAUGUUUGAUGGAGGAGAAACUCUAGGGGAGAAAAAAUUACUUGUGGGAUUAUUAUUUGUUGUUUCUGCUAUUGCUCGAAGGAGCACCCAGAUAAAGCUCGUGGAUACCAAAUUUAAUCUGCAGUGAGAAAGUACCCUAAUGUACAGAUUCUUUUUUGCUAUGCUGUAUAACUAUAAAAUUCCAAGACAUUGCAAAACUGAGGUGAAGACUAGAACACAUUAGGCUAGGUUUGGUUUUUGUUAGGAUACUUGCAAUGUACAAUUGUUAGGUUUUUGACUAAUGCAAUGCUUAUUCUGCUUCUAUCUGAUCCCUUCUCUGGUUUAAUGUAAUAUUCUCCGCGGUUUCAGAUUUGGUGA